AAAAAAAAAGCAUGGCUCAAAAAAUUCUUGCUGAUUAACAUUCUCCACACCUAAUUUAACUAGCAAUCUAGUAUUAGCUUUCUUAAAUGGGAUUUCAAUGAUGCAGCUGGAUUAGGGAUGCAAUUUCCAGAAAAGGUAUUUUUCUUUAAACAACGGAAGAUAAUUGAUUACGAAAAUAGUAGAGGAACAAGUGUACUCCCCAGAGUUACAUGGAAACUAAUAUACUUAGUGCGCGCAAAAAAAAAAAAUUAAUUGGAGAGGAAAAGUUAUUUAUGGGAGACAACUCCAAAAUUUAACGAUUAAUUGUUAUUGUCUGCAAUCAAAUUGUUUUACAACUUAUCAUAGAAUUAAAGCAUUUUAAAUUCCAUUUCUUAACGGUUGUGGCUGACUGUCAAAAUGGGUCUCCGAUUUUCGAUACUGAACAAUUCUACAAAAGGUCACUUUUUUUUUUCCUCUUCUAUCCCUUAAAUCAUCCAAACAAUAUUGUGCGUAGAAAUCUGAGAAUGUUGAUUUGGAAGACCGAAAACUCGUAGAAAAUUUCUAAAAGGUGUAUCGUUGAGAACGCUUUCGUUGUGCUUAAUUAAAAAUUACAAUUACAAUUGGUUUGAUUCAAAAUUACCUUCACCUCAGCAGUUGGGACAUUUCUUUGACAAUAUAGGAGUGAAAAGAAAGUUAACUCAGGCUGGAUUCGAACUCCGAUAACUGACAGUGUUUACAGAUUCAGUACGAUAUGUCGGCUAAGAAAAAGUGCGUGAAACCGAAUCCAACUGAAAAGAAGCGCUUGGCUUCGGUCUUUGAAACUUCCGCUGUGCAAAAAAAAUAAAAACAUCUGUAAAGGUACGGCGGUUCCUCUGCGGUUGUUUACGUCUGAACUAUACGGUCAACUAUGCCCAAUAAAAAAAAGAAAUACAAUGCCAGAUUUCCGCCAGCAAGAAUUAAAAAGAUAAUGCAAACUGAUGAAGAUGUGGGCAAGGUUGCUGCUGCCGUACCUGUUAUCAUAUCCCGAGCUUUAGAACUCUUCAUUGAAUCGCUUAUUUUAAAAGCUAGUGAAACUACCCAAUCACGACAUGCGAAAACCUUGACAACGGCACAUAUUAAGCAAACAAUUGAAUCAGAAAAGAAGUUUGAUUUCCUUCGUGAUUUGGUUGUCAAUAUUACUGAUCACCAGACGGAAGAAGAAAUAGAAAGCAACGCUAAUUUGGCAGAAACCGGGAAAAAAUGUGGAAAAAUCACUGCAAAUCGUGGACCUCGAAAGCGGAAAGAUUCCCUUACAUGUGCCGAACUUCUUCGGACGAAAGAAAGAACGAUAUCAAAUGAUAUUCCGGAAGAUGAUAAUGACGAAACUGAUGAAGCAGACAGCGAUGACACAGAUCAAACUGAAGAGAUAAGUAACGCUACUAAAUGUCGGAUCAUUCCUCCUUCUAUUGCAGAUGAGACCCCACCUGUGCCCCAAACUAGCAGUAAUGGGUUUCCCCAAAUGAGUUCUUUAACACGAGCUCCUGUUUUAUUUCCUCCAAGUUCUAUUCCCAGAGUAUUUACACCUAUACAUUUGAAAGGACAGCAACAAGAAGAUGAUGAUUACGAUACUUGAGCCUAAAUGACAAUCUGAAAACUUUCUUAGAUAUUCAUCUCCAGUCAUUUAUCACUGUUACUGUUUACAUACAAAUAUCGAUCUCGGUUAGUGAUUGGACAAGCUAAAUUAUCAUCGCAUUUUAUGCUCUUUUAGAGUGAACACUCAUCUAUUUUUCAUCAGUUUCUUGGGAUUUUUAUUUUUUGUGUUUGUGAGUAAAAUUAACUUGAGUACUGUUUGAAAACUUUGUGAAGUUUGAAUCCCUUAAUCAGCUCACACUGUACACAGCACAAAGUUCUCACUGAGUUCAGAAAAGCAUUUGCAAUUGUGUUCUAAAAUAUCUGGUAUCAUUUAAGAAUAUUAUAUAUCCUGAAACUGGAUAUAUUUAUUAUAUUUAGGGGAAAAAGAUUAUAGACUCCAAUCCUUUCGUUCACUACACAUUUAAGAUCUCCAUUUUUUACCAUUAUAGUAUUUAUAUUGAGAAAUUCUAAGCAAAUACAUAAAACAACUUUUAAUUGUGUUCUUUGAAUUUUUUUUUUUUUUUAAAGAAAUUCUUUCAUAUUAAGGUGUAGCGCGUCUGUGAAAUGUGGUGCAUGAAGUUGCGCAUGUUUCUAUUUUGAUUGCGUGAUGUAAAGAAUUCUACCUGUAUGGAACUUAUUCAAAAUUCGGUAACUUGAAGGGCUUUUUUUUUUUUUUUAUCUCAUGCGUUUCAUAUGUAGAGGUGCUCACGAAUUUCACUCACAUUUCACAUCUGAUCAUCUUAAAUUGAAAUUAUUUGGAAGUCUAAGAACCUUAAAUCAAUUUUUUUUUUUCAUAUUUUCUACAAUAUGUAUAUAUGAUGUUGAUUCACCUAAAUCCAUUUUUGCAUAAACAUCUCAAAAUAAAGCCUAUAUAUUCUCUUAACCUCUUUUGCCAUAACUCAAACAUACUGGUACACGGUGAUUAAAUUGUUUUGUCAUUUUAAGUCAACGGAAGCACAUGUAUCUAUCAGAAUAAGCCUGUAACUCUCCAUUCUUAAAGCCUUUUGUCUUUUCAAAUCUCUUGUAUCUAUUCUUUGACAGCUUAUCUAUAUGAUGAAAUAUGAGUUUACUUCGGAUUUUUUAAACCCCCCCCCCCCCCACACACACACAUACACACUUCAUAAGUUUCAAGUUUACUUUUGUAAAUUUAUUGGUUAUUCUUAUGAAAUGGGUAUUUAUGAGACAAAAAAAUAUCAAUUUUUCAAGAGCAGAAAUUCAGAUAAAUUCUUUUUAGGAUUACUUAGAUAGGAUACUGAAAAAUCAACUUUUUCUAGAAGUUAAACAAAAAAAAAACCCGUUAUUCAGUGGUAUCAAUGUAGCAAAGAAGUUGAUGGGGGAGGAAUAUACCAAACUCCUUAUAUCACACAUUUCCAGCUGAUAAGCAAAACCAGUAAAUGCCACCUUUCUCGGUGCAUUAUUUCUGCACAUUAGAAAGGUGUCGGAUCUAAAGUUCUUCCAAUAUUUAUGACUUUUUUUGAAAUAGUUGGUUUCCUUUAACUUGAGGCACUGGCCUCAUUUUGAGGUUUACUGUUUAGCUAGUUUGUGUCAUCUCUUAAUGUAUAAACAGCUGCUUGGUGAUUGACAGAAUUACAAGAAAUUGUCUUUUUUCUUAAGUUACCUGUUACUAAUUUUAGAUGCAUAUCAAAUCUUUUGCCUGUGGAUCAUUGUACACAAAAUAAACACUUUGAAUCUAGCUUCUUAAGGUUCAUUGUCGUCGUCAUUUAACGUCUGCUUUCCAUGCUAGCAUGGGUUGGACGAUUUGAUUGAGGACUGGUGAAACCAGAUGGCUACACCAGGCUCUAAUCGGAUCUGGCAGAGUUGCGAUAUAUAAAUUUGAUUUUCAUUUACAUACAUCAAGAGUACAAUCUUUAAAGAGUGUUGCUACCAAAUGAUGUUACCCUUGUUGAAGUGUUAUCUCAACAUAAUCUUCAAAGGUAAUUAGAAAUUUUAUCACCAAAAGAGCUAAUUUGAUCCAAAAAUGAGAUUAAUCUUGACUGCACUUGUGUGUUUAUUGAAUUUCAAGUCAAUAACUAUACUGAGUUCCUUCUUUGUCUCAGCAGUUUCAAGAACUUGAUCCUUUGUCUCAUUUGAAUAUCUGAUUGUGGCUGAGUUUAAAUAAGGAAGCACUUUUCUCUAACAUUCAACAGUAAUUGCUACCAAAUUAAAUUGUUUAGACUAACUCUCCUUGCAAAACAUUGUCAUCCAUAUCAUUGAUAUCUCUGUAUUAUUAGAAAAAAAAAGCUUGCACAUUCUUUAUGAAGAUGAAAGAUGCCAACCUGAACAAGUAUCGACUGUCAAAAAAGAAAGGCAGUUUUAUUAUUUACCAGGGAAUCGACUAAUUCAUAAGCUCAUCAGUAUAAUCAAAGUAUUCAAAAUUUGAUCCAAUUUAAAACUUUCAUUGCUUCAUAUCUAAAUUUGCAUUAGAUAUAUUAAGAUCUAUGUAGAAACUUUGGGUUUUGCUUUGAAGUGGGGAUAGUUGAGAUGGUCUGACAUACAGUUGUUUGUGCAUUUGAAGCAAUUCAACACAAUAUCUCUUGAUCUUAUCUUAGCUUGGUACAUUGCUUUUGAUUAUAUUAAAUGUAAUUGAUAUUGGGUACAAGCUGUAUCCUAUUUAGUGUCCAUGCAAUGACACUAAAUUGUUUUGCAAGUGUUAAAGAAAGAAUUAGAUGAAUAGAUGGUGUUGGUUUGUGAUUAAAAUGUCCUUGCAGGCUAACGUUUGACAAAUAUGUCAAGGCAUUAAACAAAUGAAACAUAACUACAGUAGAAGAUAUGUUAUAUAUCCUACUUAACAGAACUUGUUGUAGGGAUCAAGAUAGGAAAAUUGUUGACUAUGGAACCUCAUGAGAGUUCAUCUGCUUGCUCAGUAGUUUAUAGCAAUAGCAAAAAGUGUAUUGGGAAUUAGUUUUUGAAUUCUAGAAGAAAUUUUUGGGCUUUAUUUUCUUUUAAUUCUAAGCUUACUCUGUAUAAACUAUGAUUAUAUUGAAACCGAAGGUUAAUAUAUAUUUGUGAUUACAAUUUUAGCAGAGAUGUUUCAAAAUUCUUUUAUCCAAAGAUUUAUGCUAACAUUCUUUUUAUGUUCUGUAAAAAUUAAAUGUUAGUGUUAGAAUUUUGGGGCCUUGUUUUUCAACAAAAUAUAAGAAAUUUGUUCUGGAGUAUUGCUCUCAGACAUUUCAUUAUAAAAGAUAAACAUGAAAUCAUGGAUUUUUAUACUUUUUUUUUAUAAUCUUUUUCCUUUUGAGUUAAAAACACUUUAUAUAAAAAGAGAAAUGUCUUCCUCUAAUUUUCUGGUUUUGAUGUGAUUUUCCUGAAAAUGUUGACAAUCUUUGUAAAUGUUAAAGAUGAUUGAAAUAUUUUAUUUCAUGCUGUAAAUAUUCAAUUUGAGCAGAAUUUUUUUUUUUUAAAUAUUGAAAUAACAUUCAAUAAACUAUAUUUCCAGAUCCUUCUA